UUCAAACCCAAACAAGGGCAGCGGAAGCAGUGCAGACCAUCACCAUCACCAUCAUCGACCACCGCGCAAGUGUCGCCUCCCUCAUCGUCGCCAUCACCAUGGCAUCGUUCCUCGCACGAGCGACGGCUGCUGGACAAGCACUACCUGCGCGAGCAAGCGCCAUCCUCACCUUCUGGUUUGGGCAGGACCCACACUGGCCAGCGUCACCGUCGACCACGGAGGUCGUGGCCAGGACAGCGUACCUUGCUUCUCUUCCGCACCAAAUGAAGCUGUGGUUUGCUGGCGGCAAAGAAGUGGACGAGCAAAUCCGGUCUGAAUUUGCUGGGGAUCUGGCCAAGCUGGACGACGACAACAAGGCAUAUGACAGCUGGGUUGCGUGCGAGAACCCGCGCGCGUCACUUGCCCUCAUCCUGCUCACCGACCAGUUUACCCGCAACAUCUUUCGCGGUUCCGCAAAGUGCUUUUCCUACGACAGCUUGGCUCUGAACACGACGCUACAACUCCUUGAUGAUGGGCGGAUGCGUGAGCUGCGGCCUGUUGAGCGCAUGUUUGCGCUGAUGCCUCUGGAGCACAGCGAGGACCUCGCCCACCACGAGCGCAUGGCAGCUGAGCUGCAGCAGAUGAAGGAGGAGGCAGAAAGCUAUGGCGACGAAGGCCAGGGGGCCGUGAAGCUUAUUGACGCAGCAUACGGCUAUCUUCAAUCCCACACAAAGGUGCUGGAGCAGUUUGGACGAUAUCCGCAUCGGAACAAGGCCCUGGGCCGUGAGACAACGGCGGAGGAAGCAAAGUACCUGGAGACAGCAGAGACGUGGGGCCAGUGACACGUGUGUGUGUGUGUGUGUUGAGGGGGGGGGGGGCAAAACACGAAAGAGGGCAGGGGCUUACUCCAAUCAUAAACGACGCUGACAAC